AUGGACACCCCGUUCGACAUCCCCGACUCCACCGACUGGCUAGACACGCCGUUGUCGCUUCUCGCGCCGCUCGAAUCGUCGCUCCGCUGCCAGGUCUGCAAGGACUUUUUCGACAACCCCGUGAUUACCUCCUGCAGCCAUACCUUCUGCUCUCUAUGUAUACGUCGGUGUCUAAGUACGGAAGGGAAAUGCCCCGUGUGUCGGAGUUCUGAUCAGGAGACGAAGUUGCGGCGCAACUGGAUCGUUCAGGAAUUGUUGGAGGCUUUCCAGAACGCUCGUCCAAGUAUACUGGACCUGGCGAGGAAGGCUAGAGAUGGUGUGCUUGACCGCGUCGAAGUGUCCGAUGAGCCUUCGUCCAAGAAACGGAAGAUCGAGCAGUCGCAGGUGGAAGGAGAGGGCGUGUCGGAGGUGGGUGCGGAGGGUAUCGUGGCCCGGUCCCAGAGCAGACAGGUCGAUAAUCACCCACAGCCUGCCAUGGUGGAUUUGGUCGAGGAUAGUCAAGACGAGGAUUUUGCGCCAGAUGACGGGUUGGUCGCGUGCCCAAUAUGCAAUCGGCGGAUGAAGAAUGAAGCUGUCUUUCCACACCUCGAGACCGAUGCUUGCGGCAAAGAUCCAGCUCCCCCAAAGAAAGUGUCUUAUGGGUCUCUACAGCCCAUGUCACCGGUUGCACGCAGAAAAACUAGAACCAUUGCUGCGAAUGCGAAUAAUAAGCCCGAAAGGCUUCCUGCCAUUAACUAUUCUAUACUGAAAGAAGGAGUUCUUCGAAAGAAGCUGAAAGACCUUGGAAUUCCCAACUGGGGUCCUCGGCAACUCCUCCAAAGACGCCAUACCGAAUGGAUGAACCUGUGGAACGCCAAUUGCGAUUCGAAAUCCCCUAAAUCGAAAUGGGUAUUGUUGCGCGAAUUGGACUCUUGGGAGCGAACACAAGGCGGUAGUGCUAACCCGCCGUCUCACGAUUCCAACAACACAAUCAUGGAAAAAAAUUUCGAUAAAGCUGCAUGGUCAACUAGUCACGAUAAUGACUUCAAACGAUUGAUUGAAAACGCACGGAAGAAGAAUGAUGCUGUUCGUGGCACGAUUUCUCAAGGGCCUAUUGAUUGGAAUGAGUCUGAAACGGCACCCAUCCCCGAGCGACCAGCGGAGGAGCCAGCUGUGCUAGGCGAAGCGCCGGAAUCAGGAGAGUCACAAAUAGCUCCUCCCAACCUGAAUGGGGUCGAGAACCAAAGUCAACCAACGCAGAAUGGCCAUGUGAACCUUCCCAUGGGACUGCCAUGA